GCUCUUAUAGUAUUUAAACCCUUCAUAAUUACUAGGGUCACUAGAGGGCGCUGCCACAAUAAACGUAAACAUUGGGCGAACAUGCUUCUCAUACAAACAAAUGUUACUUUUAUUCCUAUAUUACAUCAUAUCUACAUAUAAUUUUUGUUGCUUUGGUAUUUGUUUAAAACUUUUAAAAAAUUCCUCAGAGUUGAGGUUCAAUCAACAAGGUUCAACUCGCUAUGAAUGUAUUUCAUCACAGAAUCACUCAGUUGUUUUUUCGGUUAUGUGAAAAGAGGGAGGAGCUGGAUAAAUCGGCUUUAUGACAGAGAACUUUGGUCAGAAAGCUGCCAGAGCUCAGCAGCCUCUCGUCUCUGUUUCUCUCUCUGAUGAUGGAGACUCUGCAAGACACUGAACUCUGCUUUCCACAACUACUCAACACCUCCUGCAGGAAGCCAGUGCAACAUCGUGCUGAGACCAUAUUUCUUUACAUUCUGCUGUCUUGCAUCUCUUCGCUCACUGUGGUUCUCAACCUGCUGGUCAUCAUCUCCAUCUCCCACUUCAGGCAGCUCCAGAGCCCCACCAACCUCCUCAUUUUGUCGCUGGCGGUCUCAGACUUCCUCGUUGGCCUCCUGCUUAUGCCGGUUCGAAUUCUCCUUAUAGGGGGCUGCUGGGUUUUGGGCAGCUUGACAUGUGGACUUUUUUACUAUGCCUCUGCUAUCCUUACAUCUGCCUCAGUAGGAAACAUGGUGCUCAUAUCAGUUGACAGAUAUGUUGCCAUUUGUGACCCUUUGUGUUACCUCACCAAAGUCACUCAGAAUAGAGUUAAAAUCUGUGUUUGCCUGUGUUGGGCCUGUUCUGUGUUCUAUAAUGGGGUGAUACUGAUGGACUUUCUAAAACAUCCAGAUCGAUACAAUUCCUGCUAUGGAGAAUGUGUAGUUGUAAUUAACUUCGUAACAGGAGCUGUUGAUGUCAUGUUGACCUUUGUUAGCCCCAUUGCUAUUAUCAUAGUUCUGUAUAUGAGAGUAUUUGUGGUGGCUGUGUCUCAGGCUCGAGCCAUGAGGUCUCAUACUGCAGCUGUUACACUCCAAGGUUCGGUUACUGUAACCACAAAGAAGUCUGAGAGAAAAGCCGCCAGGACUCUUGGUGUUGUCGUGGUUGUGUUUCUAAUAUGUUUCUGUCCUUAUUUUUAUCCCUCUAUCGCAGGCCAGGACUUGUCAACCAGUGUGGAUAUUUCAAUUUUUGGGGUCUGGCUACUUUAUUGUAACUCCUGUCUAAAUCCAGUACUGUAUGCAUUUUUCUACCCAUGGUUUAGAAGAUCUAUUAAACUAAUUGUUACACUUCAGAUACUGCAGCCUGAUUCCUGUGAUGCCAACAUACUGUAGAGAUGUCUGUAGAGUGACUGAAAUGAUGCCGCUGCUAGUUCACAGGAAAAAUGAAGUGCCGUUCAUUAAGAUAUUCUUCAGCAUCUCGUCACCGAGUUGUUUUCCACCAGAUAUAUUUUUUCUUUAUAAAAGUGAAAAUACUGAUCACGUCUUUUGGUCACUAAAAUCAACCAUGUUAUGUUAACUGGAUAGGAACAGAAUCUCUUUUUUCUAAGAUACCCUGGACUUGAUGUGAACAUUAUCAUGACUCAUCUUUAUUUAUUCUGAAUAUGUGAAGUAAUCUACAUACAUAAAGACAAUGAAUUGUUUUCUCUUCAUGUUGUUGAAGUUGCCUGCCUCGUUCUUAAACAUGACUAAUACAUUUUACUUAUUAUUUGAGUGACUUAUUUGCUUUAAAACACUUAAAUCUCCAUGAUAUGGGUAAAGACAGACGAAAUACAGAGGAAAAA